AUGGUUGUUCACGACGGCCACGAAUACCUCACCGAGGAAGAAAGACGUCUCAAGGAGGAUCGCGAUCGUACCAAGUACUGGAAGAAAUGGGGUCCUUAUGUCUCCGAGAGACAGUGGGCUACAGUCCGAGAGGAUUACAGUCACGAUGGAGAUGCCUGGAGUCACUUCCCUCACGACCACGCCCGAUCGCGCGCAUUCCGAUGGGGCGAAGACGGUAUCGCCGGUGUCUGUGACACUCACGGUUACCAAAACAUUGGCUUCAGUUUCUGGAACGAGGAAGACGAGUUCCUCAAGGAGCGUCUUUUUGGUCUCUCAAAUCCCCAGGGUAACCAUGGUGAAAGUGUCAAAGAGGCUCAUUUCCACGUCGACAACACUCCACACUCAUACAUGAAAUUCCUUUACAAGUAUCCACAGAAGAAGUUCCCUUACAAAGAUCUCAUUGACGAGAACGCCCGACGAGGAAAGGAAGAUAAGGAAUACCAGAUUACAGACACCGAUGCCUUUGACGACAACAGAUAUUGGGAUAUCUUUAUUGAGACCGCGAAAGAGACCGAUGACCCAGAUGAGAUCCUCUUCCGAGUCACUGCUUGGAACCGAGGCCCUGACCCUGCACCUCUCCACAUCAUUCCCCAGGUUUGGUUCCGCAAUACCUGGAGCUGGGGUCGAGAGCCAGAGGAGAAGAAGCCUUCCAUUAAAUACGUCGACGAGAAUGUGGCCAAAUCCGACCACUGGAACUUGGGAGAGCGCCACUUCUUGUGCUCACCCUCACCCGGUGUAGGUUCCAGCGGCGACGAUGUGAUGCCCGAGUUCAUGUUUACAGAGAACGACACCAACUUUAAGGCCCUGUACGACCAAAAGAAUGCGCAGCCAUAUGUCAAGGAUGCGUUCCAUCGCUACAUUGUCGACGGAGAUAAGGAUGCUGUCAACCCUGCCAAGACCGGCACGAAGUGUGCUGCAUGGUUCAACUUUAAUGAAGAUGGUGGUGUUAACCCUGGCGAAUGUGCCGUCGUUCGUUUCCGCUUUACUCGAAGAGACGACAGCUACCUCGACGAAGAAGAUUUCGAUGAUGUUAUUGAGAGCCGCAAGGAGGAGGCAGAUGAGUUCUACUACAGACUCAGCCCUCUUCCCAUGGCAGAUGACCUGCGCAAUAUCCAGCGACAAGCUUUCUCUGGCAUGAUGUGGACCAAACAACAUUAUCACUUCAUCUGGGACCACUGGGCGAACGGUGACCCUACUAUGCCACCUCCCCCAGCUUCAAGGAAAGACAUUCGAAAUUCGGCGUGGAAACACAUGCACUGCGACGACAUCCUAUCCAUGCCCGACUCAUGGGAGUAUCCUUUCUUUGCAGCUUGGGAUAGUGCCUUCCACUGCAUCCCGUUGGCGAUGAUUGACCCAGACUUUGCCAAAAAGCAACUUGACUUGUUCACACGAGAGUGGUACUGUCAUCCCAAUGGACAGCUCCCAGCUUACGAGUGGAACUUUGGUGACGUGAAUCCCCCAGUUCAUGCCUGGGCGACCUUUAGGACGUUCAAGAUUGAGCGCAAGAUGUAUGGUCGUCAGGAUUUAGAUUUCCUUGAGCGUGUAUUCCAAAAGCUCCUCAUCAACUUCACCUGGUGGGUAAACCGCAAGGAUGCCGAUGGCAAGAACGUUUUCGAGGGAGGUUUCUUGGGUCUUGACAACAUUGGUUUGUUCAACCGCUCUGAGCCUUUGCCCACCGGAGGUGUCCUAGAGCAGGCAGAUAGCACAGGAUGGAUGGCUUUCUACUGUCUGUCCAUGCUCAACAUUGCCCUUGAGCUGGCUAAGCAUCGUCGCAUUUACGAGGAUAUCGCAUCCAAGUUCUUUGAGCACUUCAUCUUCAUUAGUGAUGCAAUGACCUUUCGAACUGGUCAAACAGAGGAGAAGUCUCUUUGGAACGAAGACGAUGGCUUCUACUAUGAUGCCAUCUCCUGGGGCGGCCCCUGGAUCCAGCAGCUGCCCGUGCGGUCGCUUGUGGGCUUGAUCCCUCUUUACGCGACCAUCACUCUGGAACCAGAGUUGAUCAACCGGCUGCCUUCGUUCAAGAAGAGAGUUGACUGGUUCAUUGAGAACCGAUGCGAUCUGGCUGAGAGAAACAUGGCCAGUAUCCGAAAGCGAGGAAAGGGCAAUCGUAUCCUGUUGUCCAUCGUGAGCAAAGAUCGACUGGAGAAGAUUCUCAAGCGCAUGCUCGACGAAGACGAGUUCUUCAGUGAUCAUGGAAUCCGCUCACUCUCCAAGUUCCACAAGAAGAACCCAUUUUCCAUGGAUGUCAAUGGGCAGAAAUUCUGUGUUGAAUACGUGCCGGGAGACUCGGAUAGUGGUAUGUUUGGCGGCAACAGUAACUGGAGAGGACCCAUCUGGCUCUGCGUCAACUUUCUUCUUGUUGAAUCCUUACAGCGAUUCUUCCUUUUCUAUGGACCAGACUUCCAAGUUGAGUGCCCGACCGGUAGCGGCGACUACAUGCAUCUGGGCAAGGUGUCUGAAGAAAUUCAGCACCGCUUGCAGCAUCUUUUCGCCCGUACCGAUGACGGAAGACGUAGCAUCAAUGGUGGUGAUGAUCGCCUCGACUUUGACGAACACUGGAAAGAUUACCUUUGGUUCCACGAGUUCUUUGAUGGCGACAGUGGCCGCGGUUUGGGCGCUACCCACCAGUGUGGAUGGACAGGACUGAUUGCUCGCAUGAUUCAUGAUACUGGUGUCAACUGCCGUCUUCCCCAUACCCCGCGCACACCCUCAAUUGCCAUGGGUCAUUAUUUCGAUGAUAUCUUCCAUCGAAAUGUCGGACCGGGAGAUUCUCACUCGGGCAAGCCUCGUAUCAGACGAUCAUCUACUGCUCGUUCCAUUGGUGCGCGCAGUGACUUUGAUGAUGAUGCCCGUUCUGCAACAGGUUCUGUCCACCAUGACGACGUUGAUCGAUCCAGGGAACGCACUGAAGCCGAUGCUCACAUGCACAGCUACGUCUCCGACCAGCUUGAGAGAUACAGGGAUGAGAAACAGGGGGCAAACUAUGCGAAUGACGAAGAGUUUGAGACCAAGGCAUAG